AUGAACGCUUUUUGUAGUUUACUUUUAACGCUUCUCGUCUGCUCGAGCAGCGUUUGGAGUGAGCUGUGCGAUCGAGGCACUGGCGAGUGCAAGGAGCUGUCCGCCACGGACUGUCCAGUUUUAUUCUAUAAUCAGCACCUGAUUGGAGAAGAGAUCAAAUAUUGCAACGAAUUUGAGGACAUCGUGUGCUGUCCAUUGCCGCUAAAUAGGCAAAAUCAAGCGCCAGCGGAUGUUACUCGUCCCUUUGAGAAGGAAUGCAAGCACUUCAAUGAUAUCAGAGCAUCUUGCCAUAACUCGCCGUUCAUUGUGGGCGGCACCAAGGCAGAAGGUCGUGAAUUUCCGUUCAUGGCGCUCAUUGGCACCACCGAGAAGGGCGAAAAGAACAUUAAAUGGGACUGCGGCGGCACAUUAAUACAUCCCAAAUACGUUGUUACGGCUGCCCAUUGUCUGGUGACGAUUGAAACAAAGGAGCAGCGUUUGGAUCCCAACUUCGAUUCGCCCAAAUAUGUGGUGCGGCUGGGCGAAUUGGAUUACAAUAGCACCGAAGAUGAUGCACAGCCGCAGGACUUUAAGGUCGUGAACUACGUGGUGCAUCCCUUCUACAGUGACGAUGAUGAAGGCAACCUAACCAACGACAUUGCCGUUAUCGAGCUGGAUGGGAAUGCGACUUUGAACGAGUAUGUGGCACCCGCUUGUCUGCCGCCCAGCACCGGCAAUGAGAAUCUGCAGCUAACGGCCGCCGGCUGGGGAUUAACCGAAGAUGCGGGCAAGAAAUCUUCGCAUCUGCUUAAGGUAACCCUCGAGCGUUUCGGCGAUGAUCUGUGCGAAGAACGGCUCGAGCUGGUCAUAGAAAGGCGCACCCAGUUCUGUGCGGGCUCCGUCAACAGCAACGGCGACACCUGCAACGGCGACUCGGGUGGACCCAUUUUCGUGCAGCAUCCGCAUUACAAUUGCCUGAAGCUGCUUCUUGGCAUCACCUCCUUUGGCCGCAUCUGCGGCACGAGAGGUCUGCCCAGUAUCUACACUAAGGUUCACCUCUACACAGAUUGGAUUGAGAAUAUUGUGUGGGGUGAGUAGUAAUUAAAUGUUGUCUUCAGUCUGCAAAUUGUGUUUGUUUUUAUGUACUCGUUUUAUCAGUGUAAAUUAAUUACUACAAAUUAUGUUAAUUAAAAUGUCACUUAAUAUGUAAAGUAA